AUGGGUAACAGCGUGAGGGAUGCAGUGAGGCAACGAUGGGGACAUGUAAAAUAUUCGGAGUUGGGUGGGUUAGCAGAGGAUGCGGAUAAGAAGCGUGGCGAAGAAAGAUUAAUAGAGGUUGUUAAUUUGACGUCAGAAGAAGAAGAAGAAGAAGAAGAAGAAGAAGAAGAAGAAGAAGUGGCUGUGAAGAGUAUAUGGCCGAUUAAGUUGCUUUGGAGCGAAGUUUAUGAUGAUGAGGGGGAUUUUGAAGCGGGAGGGGAAUUUUUGGUGAAGUUGGAGGAAUAUUUGGGGGAUGAGUUGUUAGAGAUGGUUUAUUUGUUUUCGUUUCAGUAUGAGAUGGAUUGGGUUCUUUCUUUGAUACCUGGACAUGUUAAGGUUGUAGUGACGGCUCAGGAGGGAACGGUAAUUCCUGCUUCGAGUGGUGGGGGCGGACAUGAUGUGAAGUUUCGGAUGCUGAGGAUGCCUCCGUUUUGCAGUCAUCAUUCGAAGUUGGUGGUGGCGUUCUAUAAAAAUAGGAGUUGCCGAUUAAUGAUGCCGUCGAAUAAUUUCACGGCAAUGGAAUCACAAAUCCCACAGCAGAUGGUAUGGGUUUCGCCAAUCUUGGAAUACGGGGGAGGUUCUUCAGCGGGACCACAAUCUUUGUUCCGUAAUGAAUUGGUGCGGUAUCUAGAACGAUAUCCGAACCCAGAUUAUACAUUGAUAUCUAGACUAUCAGUUAUAGAUUUCAAGCCCUUGGAUGAUACGGCUGCAGAGUUUGUCUUUUCUGCUCCAGGUGGGGGGGGCGAAGAUCUCUCUGGGCUGCCUCUGCUGUAUCAACGUUUACAAAUCACGCCACCCAGGAUACGGCAGGCAGCCUGCAAGAACCAGCAUCAGCAUUAUUUUUGCCAGACUAGUUCCAUUGGUUCCCCUGUGAAUUAUAGAGCAAGUAGUGACCCACGUAAUCUUUUUACAAAUUUGAUGGUGCCCUUGUUCUCUGGUUCACUGUCAUCUUUGCCAAAAAGCGCCCGGUCCUGUCCUGGAGCGGAAUUUAUUGAGACUACUCUGAGGGUAAAGCAGAUCCACCCACAUAUACUGUAUCCCACAGUAAAGGAGUUUACCCAGUGUACUCCUGGCUGGCUAUGUAGUGGUUGGUUCCAUUUUCAUUAUGAUAAGCAGCCAAUCGCUAAAAUGCAGUACACCAUGCUUAAGGAGAAUAAUUUUCUCGAGAAACAACAGGAAUAUGAAUUGAAACCAGGCUCUACUAUCGCAUUACCUAUCAUCAGAAGAGACAAAGUACCUUGCCAUACAAAAUUCUUCUUUAAAUUCACCAGUGCUAGUGCUCGGUCCUGGAAUACAGAAGACUGUGAUUGGGCACUUUUCACAUCUGCAAACUUAUCUACGCAUGCGUGGGGUAAACCCCCUUCUUAUGUACCAAAAAACUACGAAUGCGGCGUAUUGUACCAUUCAUGUGAAACCAUAAAAGUACAAGUAGUAUCUGCUAAGGACAUAGCGUAUUCCCAGAACAGGAGCAGUCAUCAUAGGUCGCAAAUAUCCACAUCCUCCUCUCGACUCAAAACUGUGGUAAAUAUCAUGACUCCUUUCUGGCUGCCAACAGUCCCAUAUAGUGAGCUUGAUCAAGCAUUCUGUGCUAGCACUAAUUACGUAGAGUUUGACCAAAACGGCAUGCAGUAUACAUGUCAUUCUUAA